AAUUGACCAUUUCCAAAGAAAAGUUGCUUCUCUCUCCGUUGUGUUACCCUGCUUCGUAGAAUCAUAGCCUUCUCGGCAGACACAAAAAUUCAUCUUCUUCAUUUUGAUUUAGGGUUUCAUUUUCUUCCUCACUCGUCAUGUAUAGAGCUACAGCUUCAUCACUCAAAAGGCAUCUCAAGGGCCGUGGUGGCUACUUGGGAGCAACUAGGUUUGCUACUUCAAGUGCUGUAGCUGCAAAGGUUGCUUCUGGUGGUUUGUUUAGCUGGCUUACCGGGGAGGUUUCUAGUUCACUUCCACCUCUUGAUACACCACUUAGUUCUGUUGUUCUUCCUGAUCCGCUACCAGAUUAUGUUGAACCAAGCAAGACUAAGAUUACAACUCUUUCCAAUGGACUUAAAAUUGCUUCAGAGAACUCGCCGAACCCUACAGCCUCAAUUGGGUUAUAUGUUGAUUGUGGUUCAAUCUAUGAGACACCAUUGUUAAGUGGGGCUUCGCAUUUGCUAGAGAGAAUGGCUUUCAAGAGCACGAUUAACCGUAGUCACUUUCGUAUUGUAAGGGAAACAGAAGCAAUUGGUGGUAAUAUAGGAGCCUCGGCCUCUCGGGAACAAAUGGGUUACACUUUUGAUGCCUUGAAGACCUAUGUUCCACAAAUGGUUGAAUUACUUGUUGACUGUGUAAGGAACCCAGCCUUCUUGGAAUGGGAGGUCAAUGAAGAGCUACGAAGAGUGAAAGCAGAGCUUGGAGAACUCUCAAACAAUCCCCAGGGCAUGCUAUUGGAAGCAAUUCACUCUGCUGGUUAUUCUGGUGCAUUGGCAUAUCCUCUUUUGGCUCCUGAAGAAGCACUGAACAGAUUGGAUGGCCCCAGUUUAGAGGAAUUUGUUGCUGAAAAUUACACAGCUCCUAGAAUGGUACUUGCUGCAUCUGGAGUAGAGCAUGAAGAGCUUCUAGCUGUUGCCGAGCCACUUCUCGCUGACCUGCCAAGUGUUCCUCGUCCCGAAGAACCAAAAUCUACCUAUGUUGGAGGUGAUUUCCGUCGUCACGGUGAAGCAGGGGCUACACAUGUUGCUAUUGCUUUUGAAGUUCCCGGUGGCUGGCAAAAGGAGAGAGAUGCUAUAGUUUUGACUGUUCUACAGAUGCUUAUGGGAGGAGGUGGUUCAUUCUCAGCUGGGGGCCCCGGUAAAGGGAUGCACUCAAGGCUAUUUCUUCGCGUGUUGAAUGAAUAUCAGCAGAUUCAAUCUUUUUCUGCAUUCAACAGUAUCUUCAACAAUACAGGACUAUUUGGCAUUUAUGCGAGCACUAGCCCUGAUUUUGUACCAAAAGCUGUAGAGUUAGCUGUCAGAGAACUAACAUCACUUGCAACACCAGGACAAGUUUCACAGUCACAGCUUGAACGUGCCAAGCAAUCUACAAAAACUGCAGUUCUCAUGAAUCUGGAAUCUAGAAUGAUCGCCUCAGAAGACAUAGGAAGGCAGAUUUUGACUUAUGGAGAAAGGAAACCUUUGGAGCAGUUCUUGAAGGCUGUAGAUGAAAUCACUAUAAAUGAUAUCACUAAAAUUUCUGAAAGGAUUAUUUCCUCACCUUUGACUAUGGCAUCAUAUGGAGAUGUUAUUAAUGUGCCGAGUUAUGAAACUGUGAGCCGCAUGUUCCAUGCGAAAUGAACAUUAUGACACUGUUUUCUGGAUCACAUAUAUGCAUACUUCAAAUUUUCAAGAGAAAUGCUGAAAAUAAAUCCAGAUAAAUUUUUGUACGGAUAAGAAGACCCAUUGUUAGGGUUCUGUGAUUGUCUUAGGUGAAUGGUCUCAUCGCAUUUUGCGUUAUGCCAAUUUUUUGGUUGUUUAUGAGUGAAUUUUCUCUCAUUUUGUUGCUUAAGAGAGCACAAAAGCAGUUAACUAUUAUUUUUACGAAUCUGUUUUCGACAAUCUCUUUUACUAAUCAGUAUCCCGUAUAUUGCUCGGGAUUUAAUUUUUGAAA